AUGUCUUCAUCCUCCGAGUACUCGGUGCCCCGAGAGGCGAACAAGCUCUUCGUGGAGGGCAUUCUGAACAACGCUCACCUCGCUCAUCUGCCUGCGGAGCUCAAGGCUCUCGGCCACAUCUCCGCGCUCAAGGCCCUCGAGGCAACAUUUCUCAAUCUCCUUCUGACUAAGAAAUACAAUAUUGAACCUGUCAAGGUCAAGAUUGAUACGGAUCACGCGAGUCUGUUCUUUAUGUCGCCCGUAAUCACACGGUACUUGAAAGACGGCGUCCCUAUUCCCAUGAGCGCAUUCUCGCCGGAUCUCAUGAAAAUGAUCCCUAGUCAGGAUAAACAUAGGAGCCACGCAAGUCUGCACCGAAGACUGGCCACCAAUAUCUACAAGACUAAGGAUGGUCGAUAUUAUCAUACCCACGCGAGCAUGAACCCCGAUCCCUCUCUCACGGCUCUGGGCCUCCCACUCGACGGUGAGGAGGCGGAUACGUACGAUGACGUCGUCCAGAGAAUCCAAAAGGCCGUCUCAGAGCACAAUUCCACCGAGCUCGAUGAGCUCAUGAACGAAAAGUACCGCCAAGCCGGCACGAUCGCCUACACCUCAGAAGAGUACUUUGCCUCCGAGCACGGCAAGGCCGCGGGCCAGGCUGGGCUUUUCGAGAUCGCACGGGAUCCCAAAUCACAGCAAGCCCCGUCAUGGUGGGACGACAACGCCUCGAACCCGUCGAGCCCGCGCCGGCCUUUGGCUGGCCUCAAGGUAGUCGACCUUGCCCGCGUCAUCGCUGCGCCGAGCAUCACGCGCGGCUUGGCCGAGAUGGGUGCCAGCGUCAUGCGUGUCGUGAGCCCGCAUGUCACGGACCUGACGCCCGUCCUGCAGGAUCUCAACUGGGGCAAGUGGACCGCUUUUCUCCACCUCAAGGACGAAGCCGACAAGGAGAAACUGAGGGCGCUGAUCCGCGAGGCGGACGUCGUGGUGGAUGGGUACCGUCCGGGUGUCAUGGAGCGUCUCGGGUUUGGGCGUGAGGCCGUUUUCGAUCUGGUGAGGGGCCGGUCUCGGGGUAUCAUCUACGUUCGCGAGAAUUGCUAUGGUUGGCACGGCCCGUGGAGUCAUCGGUCCGGGUGGCAGCAGAUUAGCGAUGCGUGCUGUGGUGUGUCCAAGUCAUAUGCUGAGGCUAUGGGUGUCGCGGGCGCAGUGACCCCGGUGUUUCCAAACUCCGAUUACUGCACCGGUGUCUACGCUGUUGAUGUCUCUCUCAACUAUUAUUCACAGUGGCUCGUCCGCUCCUGCGGAACCUACCCCAAGAACGUAUGGGACGAGGUAUGGACACGCCACGGCUCGCCCAAGUUCCAGCACUACCACGCCAUGCCCUAUCUCAUCCCCGCCAUGCUCAAGAUACUGCACGAACACGACGCCAAGGUUCUGUUUAACCCCGACUUCUUCGAGCAGAGGGUGUCCAAGGUCUUGGACACCACGUUUAUCCAAGUCAAGCCGAUCGCGCAGUUCCCCGGCGGGGAAGUAGAGUUGAAGUACACUGUUGGCACUAGGGGUAACGGGGUUGAUGAGCCUGUCUGGCCCGAGGAUCUCACGGUUGAAACGGUUGCUGCUGUUGCCAGUAAGGCCUAG